CACUUCAUUCAUUCUAUCCCCCAACACAAACAAACUACCACUUUUUGUUUUAUUCUCUCACAUAAACUUCUACACACUUUCUCUCUCUAAAAAUAUGAGCUCACAAGUAGACUCCUUAUGGCUCUUUGCCUUAGCCUCAAAGUGCAACCAUCUAACCAUCAUUAACAUUGUUACCUCCAUAUUACUCUUAGCCUUAAUAUGGCUAGCCAUGAGCCUGAUUUAUUGGGCUCAUCAAGGCGGUCCUGCUUGGGGAAAAUACUCUUGGACCCACUUCUCUCAUUGGGCCAAAAAGCCCAUACCAGGUCCACGUGGCUGGCCCAUCUUUGGUAGUGUAGGCCUUAAGAUGGGCCUAGCCCAUCAUAAGAUUGCCGCAAUGGCAAAACAUUACAAUUCUAAGAGGGUCAUGGCUUUUAGCCUUGGUGACACUCGUAUGAUUGUAACAUGUAACGCCGAUGUAGCCAAGGAGAUCUUGAACAGUCCGGUCUUUGUAGACCGGCCUGAUCAAGAAUCUGCUUACGGCUUAAUGUUUAACCGGUCAAUUGGGUUUGCCCCAUAUGGAUCCUACUGGCGGACUCUCCGCCGAAUUUCUGGGACCCAUAUGUUUAGCCCAAAACAAAUUAAAGCCUAUGAGGCCCAAAGAAGUGACAUAGUUUCCCAAAUGGUACAAAAUAUAGGGGACAAAAAUGGUUCAUUUAAAGUUAGAGAAAUGUUAAGGUGGGCUUCUUUGGGUAAUAUGAUGGGCUCAGUAUUUGGUGAAAGAAAUAUGAAAACUGAGGAAUUAAAGGAGAUGGUUGAGGAAGGCUAUGAUUUACUAGGAGUUUUUAACUUGGGUGAUCAUCUUUCUUGGCUUUCUGACUUUGACUUUCAUAAUAUCCGGUUCAGGUGCUCACAACUUGUUCCUAAAGUUAACCGGUUCGUGGGCCGGAUUAUCGAAGAACAUCGACUUGAUCCGGCCCAUGUGAACCGGGACUUUGUUGACGUUUUGUUGUCACUACAACAUCCAGAUAAACUUUCCGAUUCAGACAUGAUUGCUGUUCUUUGGGAAAUGAUAUUUAGAGGAACCGAUUCCAUAGCAGUAUUGAUAGAAUGGAUUCUUGCAAGAUUAGUGAUUCAUCCUGAUAUUCAAUCAAAAAUCCAUGAUGAGCUGGACAACAUCGUAGGGAGGUCACGUGCGGUUACUGAAUCUGAUAUUUCAUCAUUGGUCUAUUUAACGGCUGUGAUCAAAGAAGUCCUAAGGCUCCACCCCCCGGGCCCACUUCUCUCGUGGUCUCGUCUCUCUAUUGAGGAUACUUUGGUUGAUGGAUGUCACGUGCCUGCGGGGACCACGGCUACUGUUAACAUGUGGGCCAUUGCAAGGGACUCUGAUGUGUGGGCUAGCCCACUUGAGUUUCAGCCCAAUAGGUUCUUGGUGUCUGGGCCCAAUGCCGACUUUUCGGUUCUUGGGUCGGAUCUCCGAUUAGCGCCUUUUGGGUCGGGCCGGAGGUCUUGCCCUGGAAAGAUGUUAGGGUUAACCACGGUUAGCUUUUGGGUGGCGUCAUUGGUGCACGAGUUUGAGUGGGUGACCUCACUAGAUGGUGAGGUCGAUUUGUCCGAGGAGCUAAAGAUAUCAUGUGAAAUGGCGAAUCCACUUACGGUGGAAGUGAGGCCUCGAAGAUCAACAAACACAUUAUUACUUUGAUUUGAUUAAACAAUAAAAAUUCCGUACUUCUCCUAAGUUACGUGAUUAGAGUUUGCUAAACAUCGGUGUAAAUCUAUAGUAUUUCUAAUUUUGAAUUGUGUCAUGUAAUUAUGUGCUUUAAAAAAGUGUAACACUCUUAAUCAAAUAACGUAAUUUUGUUCAAUUAAUGAUCUAGUCGUUAAGAAGAUAUUACAAUGUUGUACACAUAGACAUAUGUAUAAGUAUUUACAAUUAAAUAAUUGUUUGUGUUGUUGUCUUA